AUGGCAUCACAAGAUCAGUCGUACGAGCACAGCCUCGCUCAAGCCCAGGCCGGUGGUGGCGUCUCUGUCCGCAGCAGAGCAUCCAGCAUCGUCUCUACGCGGACCGGGGUUACUAUUGCAACACUACAGGAUGACGCCAGGAGCGUUCGAAGCAUGGAGCUGAUUGUUGGACGCAGGAUAUUCAGUAUCAAUCGAGACGGGUCGAGGAUCACCGAACAUGCUGGCCUUCCGCCGUACUCCUUUGCGCCGCCGGCGUACUCCAGCCUGGACGGCGUUGCUGGGGAUGCAUCAGAGUCUCUACCCAGCCCAAAUAUCCCAAACUACCAGGAGGUAGUAUCGCCGCCCGAGGAGUCCGAAUAUAAUACGGCAUCGCAGUCUGACCUGUACGUCGAUCAAACGAUAUGGCCGAGACACGAGAGUCACGAAAGGGAGCCAUUGACCUUCCCGUCGAUAGAACAGUUUAGGGAAGACUUAUCGUUGGCGUUUGCCCAGUCUACUCAAGGAACUCAAGGAGCUCAAGGAGCCCAAGGAGAGAGGCGAGGCUCCGGCUCCGUCUUUCGAACACAUUCCUUCGUCCCCGGACCCGAAAAGAUCUCGGUGGUAGCCAAAAGACGCUCCGUGUCAGAAAGCAACAUCCAGACCAACUUUCUCCCCAAUAACGCCAACGUCAAUCCCACUCACAACCGGCUGCGUCGCAGGAACGGUGUCCGACUGCCCCAGCUCGACACAGGAGCCUCCUUCGGAAACUGGUGGAGCAAUCUAAACAACAGAGCUGACAACUCCCCAAGCGCACGCAUGACCCAUUCCGCCGGCCCCAGCAUAGGAGGCGGCAUCAACCACGAAUUACAGACCGGAGACUUCCACUAUGCCGCGAACUACGAUGGCAGCGGCAACGGCAACGCAUCUCGCGGCCGCUCACCACCCACCACCCCUCGAGCUACCAGAAGCCCUGCCCUGGCUGUCCCCCAGGGCCCACCGACCGUCGAAGAAGGCUAUGCAGACAUGGAGGUACCGCCUACCAUGGACACAGAGAACGAAAUAAGCAUCCACUUCUCCCGCAUGAUCCGCAGCAUCGAUCGCGAACACCGCAAGAUCCUGCAUCAGAAGUGCCGCGAACUGGCGGACCUGCGUGAACGGCUAAAUGAGGUCGACCAGGUAUAUCGCAAGGAGCUGAAGACGCGGGACUUUACGAUCGACGAGCUGCGGAGACAGGUCAACAUGAUGGAGUCUCAGAUGGAAGAAAGGGUCGAGAGGGCCAGGAACGAGGUGGAGGAUACCUGGGAGAAGCGCUGGAAGGAGCAGGAGAAGUUGCUGCUCAACAUGCAGCGGAAGAAGACCCAGGCUGACCUUAGCCGGAUGAUAGGCCGGAGAUGGGUGGCAGGGAGUCCCCUUUCACUCGCACCACCUCGAGGCGCCGCAGAAGGGGACGAGGGCGAGGAGGGAGAAACGCAUUAA